AUGGCUGCGAUCCGCUCCGACAGCUGCGACGCAGAUGGACUCAGUGAGUCCGGGGUCGAGGAGUGUGCAGCCGACCCCACCUGUGUCCUCUGCAUGCAGUGUUUCCUGGGCAGCGUUCAUAAAGAGCAUCGAUACAGGAUGACCACGUCAGGAGGGGGAGGUUUCUGUGACUGUGGAGACGCUGAGGCCUGGAAGAAGGGUCCUUACUGCCAGAAACACACCCCUGCAGCCAACAACAGGGACGCAGAGGAGGAUCCUGUAGCUCAGCUCCCAGCUGACAUGGUUGCCCGUGGUUACAGCAUCUUCUCCAUCAUCCUGAAGUACGCUGUGGACAUGCUGACCUGGGACCAGGAGGACCAGCUACCUGCAGGACUGGAGCCCCCGGAGAGGGCAGACACCUACUACUGCAUGCUGUUUAACGAUGAGGUCCACACCUACGAGCAGGUGAUCUACACUCUGCAGAAAGCCGUCAACUGCAGCCAGAAAGAAGCCGUCAGCUUCGCCACCACCGUGGACAGAGACGGCAGGAAGUCAGUUCGAUACGGAGAUUUCCAGUUCUGUGAACAGGCCAAGUCAGUUAUAGUGAGGAACACCAGCCGUCAGUCGAAGCCUCUCAGGGUUGAGGUGAUGCACUCGUCCGUUGUUGCUCAUCAGUGUUUCGCUCUGAGGGCUCUCAGCUGGUUGGGACAGGUCAUUCAGUACUCUGACGGUCUGAGGAGGAUCCUGUGUCAGGUCGGCCUGCAGAGAGGUCCUGAGGGAGAGAACUCCUCGCUGGUCGAUCAGCUGAUGCUCAACGACUCCAAGAUGUGGAAAGGAGCGAGGAACAUCUACCACCAGCUGCUAAUGAACAGCCUCCUCAUGGACCUCAAGUACAAGAAGAUCUUUGCCAUCCAGUUUGCCAAGAACUACAGACGCCUCCAGACAGAUUUUAUGGAGGACGACCAUGAGCGAGUGGUGUCAGUGACCUCGCUGUCUGUUCAGCUCUUCACUGUCCCGACCAUGAGUUAUGAGCGCUUGCAGUGUGACUACGUGAGAGACGACCAUGACCGUGAGUUCUCCAUCACUGACCUGUCAGUACAAAUAUUCACCGUCCCGUCGCUGGCCCGGAUGCUGAUGGUGGAGGAGAACCUGAUGACGACCAUCAUCAGGACCUUUGUGGAUCACCUCCGCCACAGAGACCUGCAGGGACGCUUCCAGUUCGACCGCUACACCGCCCAGCAGGCCUUCAAGUUUGGACGAGUCCAGAGCCUCAUCGGAGACCUCAAGUACGUCCUGAUCAGUCAUCCCUCUGAGUGGAGCGAUCAGCUCAGACAGAAGUUUCUAGAAGGUUUGGACGCUUUUCUGGAGCUGCUCAAGUGUAUGCAGGGCAUGGACCCGGUGGUGAGACAGGUGGGGCAGCACAUAGAGAUGGAGCCUGAGUGGGAGGCAGCGUUCACUCUGCAGAUGAAACUGACUCACAUCAUCUCCAUGAUCCAGGAGUGGUGCUCCACUGAUGAGCACGUGCUGAUUGAGGCCUACAGGAAGUGUCUGAGCGCGCUCAGUCACUGUCACAGCGGCCUUCCAGACGGCGAGCAGCCACUCAGCUUGAGUCUGGCCGGCCACUGCGUGGAGACGUUCAGGUACCAGGUGUCCCAGGACAAAGUGUCCAUCCACCUGCCGGUCUGCAGACUGCUGGCAGGUCUCCACGUUCUCCUCAGCAGGACCGAAGUCACCUCUCGCUUCCCUGAACAGCUUCCUCUGGGGGAACUCAGCCCCCCCCUCCUGAUCGAACUCCCCCUCCGCUGCCUGGUGCUCUGUGCCCAGGUGCAUGCUGGGAUGUGGAGGAGGAACGGCUUCUCCCUCAUUAACCAGAUUUAUUAUUAUCACAACGUGAAGUGCAGAGUGGAGAUGUUCGACAAAGACAUCGUCAUGCUGCAGGCUGGUGCGUCCAUGAUGGAUCCGAACCACUUCCUGAUGAUCGUCCUGAGUCGAUUUGAACUGUUUCACAUAUUCAGCUCUGCAGACUGCAGGAAGAGAUACAGAGAGGCUAACAAGCACACCAAAGGCAUGCGUCUUAUUCACUGCACCAUCACCACCCGCUUUACUUGUAUGUUUUACCUGUGCGUUACCUGUGGGCUAUAUCUGUGUUUUACCUGCGUGUUACCCCUGUGUUACCUGUGCAGGUGUCCGCGGUCAGGAGGAGACAAGUCUCGGGCUCCCACCCUGUGUCUGGUCUGUGGCUCUAUGUUGUGUUCUCAGAGUUACUGCUGUCAGACGGAGGUGGACGGAGAGGACGUAGGAGCCUGCACCGCCCACACCUUCACCUGUGGAGCCGGCCUAGGCCUCUUCCUCAGGGUCAGAGAGAGCCAGGUGUUGUUUGUUGCAGGUAAAACAAAGGGCUGUUUCUAUCCUCCUCCGUACCUGGACGACUACGGAGAGACGGACCAGGGCCUCAAGCGGGGGAACCCCCUCCAUCUGUGUUCUGAGCGUUACAGGAAGAUCGAGCGUCUGUGGCGUCAGCACGGCGUCGCUGAGGUCAUCGGCCACGCUCAGGAGGCCAAUCAGACGCUGGUCGCCAUCGACUGGCAGCACCUGUGAUGUUUGGCUCCGCCCUCUCCGCGCUCAGACAGACGGCCCUGCUUUCGGCUGUCUGUAUUUGCCCCUCCCCUUUUUAACAACGACUCCCUCCUCUCAGCCAAUCAGCUUCCUGCGGUCCCGCGCUGAACUCAGACCAGCUUUCAGGGAUUUCUUCAGGACGUUUGGUUUCUGCUUCAGGGUGGCGCCUGACCUUUGACCUCUGACCAAUCAGAGAGAGGCAAUAAAACUCCAUCCUCCACUCCUGCUCGCAGACAAGAAGUCAGAAACCUUUGUUUUUUCAGUUUCUUCAGAUUUGUGCUUUAGUUUGAGGAGAUUUCUGCAGGAACACGACAGGAAGUGACCAGUGUGAAGCCCCGCCCACCUGGACAGGUCGCCUCACGCUGGUUUAUCUUUAAUUUAUAAUGCAUUUAACUUCGGUUUGCUCGGCAUGAUGGAAAAAAGAGCCUGUUCACCAGGAGUGUGAGCAGGUAUGAAAUGAGAAGAUCAGAGAACUUGACCACGACUCCCAGGGUGCUGAAUAGGCUGAAUAAAACACCCAGCCGCUGAGGCUCAUGGGUAUUGUUGUGAUUGGAGACAGAACAUACACCUGUUUGGCAGUGACAUCAGCCAGGUGAGUCUCUUAUUGUGAAAUCUUCUUCCUGUCUCGGUUUAAUCUCCUGCCGUCGCCAUGACAACAGCUCGUCAUGGAGGAUCGAUGAGGGGGAUCAGUAAUAAUCAUCGUUGUGUCUUAUUAGAACAUAUCAGAGCACGUAUUGAUCAGCGUUUAACCUUUAAAGGGAGCUGUGUGAUGUCACUUCCUGUUACACUGCGUUGAGUUGUGGUUGUUUUUUAUGAGACGAGCAGAAACAUUAUUUAUUUAUUUAUUAGUUUUCUUUAACAGCUGAGCGGUCUCCUUCAGUCUUUGUUUUCUCGGGCGCUGUCAGCACGCCGCCGCCUGACCUGCGUCUCACUGUUAAUAUGUGAAUUCUUGUAUAAACCAGGAAAUGUACAAUAUUGUAUAAGAAUAACCAAUAAAAACUCUAAAAGCA